AUGAAUCUCCAAGCUUUGAAUCGAGCGGCGCUCGACUCCUUCGUCACCCAGCGAGUCUCACGGGAGAUGGUGACGUACCUGGCCCAGCAGGCAUCGCAGGUCAUCCGAUGUGAGGCCCAUGUGACCAACACCGUCAAUCAUCACGGUCAACCCACACCACCCUCUACUCCCCCCAUCGACCCGACCGACCAGAUGCCCCCCCUGCCGUCCAUCGAAGCUUUUAUCGCCUCCCUGGUUGUCCGCUCCCAGGUCCAGGUGCCCACCCUCAUGAGCUCCCUCGUGUAUCUCGGCCGUCUGCGUGCACGUCUUCCCCCGGUCGCCAAGGGUAUGCGUUGCACUGUCCACCGAAUCUUCCUCGCCUCGCUCAUUCUCGCUGCAAAGAAUCUGAAUGAUUCCAGCCCCAAGAACAAGCACUGGGCUCGGUAUACUGUGGUGAAGGAAUACGAAGGCUUCGGCUUCUCGCUCCCGGAGGUGAACUUGAUGGAGCGCCAGUUACUCUUCCUGCUCGACUGGGAGACCCGUGUGACCGAGGAGGAUCUCUUUACUUACCUGGAACCUUUCCUGGCUCCUGUUCGUCAGCGUCUGCAGGCCCAAGAACGCCAGCGCAAGGCCGAGGAGGAGGAACUUCAGCGCAAGCAACAACAUCGUGAAUGGCGUCGACUUCAUUACUCCGCAGAUCUACUAGCCGGCCGCCUUCGUCGUCAGAAACUUGAUGCUCGUGGUGACAACCGGAGGGCCGUGGACAACACCCUCCGUCGCCUUCCCAGCCACGUCUCCUGCCCUAGCAUUCAGACAACCAACUCUCCCCAGUUCGCCGCCGAGCACGAUCGCUACAACCCAUACCCCCGUACUCGAUCAUCCCCUCAUCGCCCAGGCCGCUCCAUCUCGCCUCCAUCCAUCCGGGAUGUCCCCGGUCUAUCUCAUGCAGAGACCUUUAACUCGCUGUGCUCCCGCUCAUCCAGCACUGCCCCCAGUUCCCGUGGCACCCCCGCCAGCAUCAGCACAUGCUCAUCCCACGGAAAUGACGACGUAAUGCUCACCGACGCGAGCUCCAGCCCCUCUGUCUCCUCCUUGACAUAUAGCUAUGUCAACGUCGGCCCCAUGGAUUCCAAGCAAGCCUUUGAGCCAGUCCGCCAACCUUCCAAGAAGAUGAAAGUCGGCGGCCACACCCACAGCGGCGGCUUCGUGGCCCGGUUCCUCGCGUCGGCAACUGGCUCAUAUAUGGGAAGCCGCAUCGGUCGUCCCCACGCAUAA